GAACGUCUUCAGUUGUUGUCUUGCCUAAAAACGCCGCCUGCAUACAAAUCACAACCAAGGCCUCCCUUAAUUACAGCUGUAACAAGAGCAGCUUAUUUUGAGAUUUCUGAUUUGAAUAUUAUAGAAGGUCUACGAAAUCCUGAUGAUGUCGGAUAUGACAAUAAUACGGUUCUGGUGAAAACCCCGUCAAAGGAAAUGCAGAAGGGCGACAUAAAAGCGCUUCCUCAACUGUCAAAAGAACAGCUUGAACUAGACAGCACCCAAGUGUCGUCAGAUAAUGGGCGUAGGAAACCGCAUAAUACCCCAAGAGGUAGCAAUGACAAGUUGCUUCACGUGAGUAUCCACUAUUUUUAUUACGAAGUGUGCAAGUUCAUUUAUUGUUAUCAUAGUCUUUCCUUACCUGUUACUUACUGCUAUUGA